ACCGAACCGGGCCAAACGCAAACAUGGCGGCUUCCUUGGAAGAUGAUUUCGAGUUUAAUAACCAGGACUAUUACUCUCUGCUCAACGUCAGGAAAGAGGCCACAUUAGAGGAGUUGAAGGUGUCGUAUCGGAGGCUGUGUAUGCUCUACCAUCCCGACAAACAUCGAGACCCUGAGCUGAAAAGACAAGCCGAACAGCUCUUCAACCAGGUCCACCAGGCUUAUGAGGUGCUGAGUGAUGCUCACUCCAGAGCCAUCUAUGAUAUCUUUGGAAAGAAGGGGCUGGAGGUGGAAGGCUGGGAGAUAGUGGAGAGGAAGCGGACACCGGCGGAAAUUCGAGAGGAGUACGAGCGGCUCCAGAGAGAGCGAGAGGAGAGACGGCUGCAGCAGAGAACGAACCCCAAGGGCACCAUCAGCGUCGGUGUGGAUGCAACGGACCUGUUCGACCGCUAUGAUGAGGACUUUGAAGAGAUGCCAGGGGGAGGCUUUCCACAUAUUGAAAUCAACAAGAUGCAUAUUUCUCAGUCUAUAGAGGCCCCUCUGACAAACACUGACACGGCGGUGCUGUCUGGGUCACUAUCUACACACAAUGGGAACGGAGGGGGCAACAUCAACAUGACCAUACGCAAAGUCAUGUCAGCCAAGGGCUGGGGAGAGGUGGAGUUUGGCGCAGGAGACAUACUGGGACCUCUCAUAGGGUUUAAGGUGUUUCGCAAUCUCACGCAGCGGUGCUUCUUGACAGCUCAGUGCGGCUUGCAGUUCUCUCCUCGAGGCCUGAGGCCGAGCUGCUCCCUGAUGACGGCGCGCCACCUGGAUCAGAACACCAUGGGGUACCUGCAGUGGAGGUGGGGACCCAACAGCGCCAUGACGACCAGCCUGGUGCGGGACACCAAGAGCAGCCACUUCACCCUGGCUCUGCAGCUGGGCGUGCCUCACUCCUACCUGAUGAUGAGCUACCAGUACAAGUUCCAGGAUGAAGACCAGACCAAAGUCAAAGGCUCAGUCAAGACGGGCUGGUUUGGCACUGUGGUGGAAUAUGGAGCAGAGCGGAAGAUCAGCCGACACAGUGUCCUGUCAGCCACUGUCAGCAUCGGCGUCCCUCAGGGAGUCACGCUCAAGAUCAAGCUGGCACGUGCGAGUCAGACGUACCUGUUCCCAGUCCACCUGACUGAUCAGCUGCUGCCCAGCGCUGUCUUCUACGCCACUGCCGGACCCCUGCUGGUCUACAUGGCUGUGCACAGACUCAUCAUCAUCCCGUACACACAAGCACAGAAGGAGCAAGAGCUGGAGCUGCAGAGGAAAAGCUCCGCCACAGACAUUGCCAAGAAGAAGCAGGAGGCAGAGUCUGCUGUUCUGCUGAUGCAGGAGUCUGUGAGGAGAAUCAUAGAAGCAGAAGAAUCCAAGAUGGGUCUGAUCAUCCUGAAUGCCUGGUACGGAAAGUUUGUGUCAGACACCAGCCAGAGGCAGGAAAAAGCCAAGGUCAUCGACGUGACUGUGCCUCUGCAGUGCCUGGUCAAAGACUCCAAACUCAUCCUCACAGAGGCCUCUAAGGCGGGGUUGCCGGGCUUCUACGACCCCUGCGUAGGAGAGGAGAAGAGUCUAAAAUUACUGUACCAGUUCAGAGGUGUCAUGCAUCAAGUCAUCUCUGCAGACUUGGAGCCGCUACGGAUACCCAAACAAUCUCACAGAAUUGAGUCGGAGUCCUAGAUGCUCGCUGCUGUUGGAGCACCAGAAGGCAAAUGCAGAUAAAAGAGACGUUGUGUGAGCAGGAGGACCCCAGGAUGGAGUGAACUCAUCAAAAAAGAAAAAAAAAAGGAAAAAAGAAAAAGCUUGUUCCUCUCCUCUGGCCCUCUUCUGUCAUGGUAUUAGUGAAUCUGUUUAUCAAGUUCCUCCACUCCUUCCUUUCCUGUAGGGCAUUUCCCGGGGUCUGGCAGAAUCCCGGAGUCAGCUCUGAGUUUCUACAAGGUGUUACCCUUUGUGUCCUUGGUCGGCUACACCUGACAGAGCCGCUCAGAUAUCAGGCUGCUGGAGGGGAUCAGACAUGGGCACAGAGCACACUCUCAUACAUGCACGGGACUGAUUAUCAGUGCAGGUGUUACGAUGUUUUUUUAUUUUUCCCAACUAAUGAGCUAAAAGUGCAGAAUUACACUGAAACUUCUUUCUCGACAUCUAAAAGAUCUCUAACUUUACCCCCGUAUGUGUGUCACUCAGUUAGUUCUGACUCUAAUAAGUGUACCGCAGAGCCAUCGCAAUAAUAUUAUGCGGAGCCACGUCUCAGCAACGCCGAGGCGAGCCGGGAUUGAGAAAUGGCUGAGCUCGUGUUUUGGUUUUGCUUGUUAAAUUGUCCUAUUUUCAUUUAUUAUCCGUUUUAAUAAUGUAGGUUACGUUGUGUCUGCUGCUCAGUGCAGCACCAGUCAGAUUUUGUGAACCGGUGCUCAAAACUUUACAUCUGUGAAGGGGUGGGGGGAGGCGCAGGUUGCACUUUGAUAGCAGAGAAACAACCAAGGAGAAAUUGUCUUGAAUUGCCCGUAUAGAUUUUUAAUAUCUCAUCCUGGGCCACAAUCCGAAGGCAGAAAUUCAACUUAGAUUUGAUUUGCGUCAGUGCUUAUUGAUUAUGUCUGCGCAGUUCGAGUCAAAACAGAGUUUUUUUUAAACUGAUUUUUAAUGCUGUGAAGGUUAUGGCUUGUGCUCUGCUGACAUGGAUCUGGCUCAGAGCCAGUGACAACAGUGAGUAUUGGUAUAGAUUUAAAACAUUUUGGGGGAAAAAAAAUGAUAUGAAUGAUUAUUUUUGUGGUUUAGGGGGUGAAGGCACAAGCCAGCACUUCUCCUCAAGCACCUCAAGUUCAAGUUUUGCUGUUUAAGCAGCUUUGAGACAAACUACAUCCAGUAUUCUUAAUCAUUCACAUUAUUUAUUAUCUCCAUUUAGACCAAUUUUAGAUGACUGGAUCGAGUUGGAUCACAAGAAAACCCUGAUGUAAAUGCACUCAGACUCACACAGUGAGCUUAAUCCACAUACGACCUUUCUCAUCUUGGCCUGUGGAAAAAAAAAACAAAAAAAACAGAUCAACCCACAUUCAUUCAUUCACUCUCACACAUGGAUGGUUACAGCUGCCGUCCAAGGUGCUCCGCAUCCACUGGGUGCAAUUUGGGGCUCGCUGUCCUGCCCAGUGGCACCUUGACAUAUCAUCAGGGCAAGAUGGAGAUCGAACCACCAACCUUGAGAUUGGAAUAUGACCCGCAUGUUUGUUUUGAGAAAGCCUUCAUGUGGAAAUCACACGGAAAUAAUGGAUUCCGGCGAAUUUAGCACUGAAUUAUUGCAUUGAAAUGCCAUGUAAAUUGACUGUCCUGUUUCACAUAUUUCCAUUCAGUACCGUUCUCUAUCCACCUGAUUCUACUAAUAGAAAUUCCCAAACAUGUUGAUUUAAAAUGCGGUUGAUUUACAUUUUGAGGAGCUGAAACAAGCUCAUACAGUCUUUGAGACGUUUAUUCACGCCGUUGUCUCAUCAGAACGGUGAGAUCAACAGUGGCGAUGUCUUUUGAUACAGCUGACUGCUGAUGAAAAGGUUUCAAAGUUUUAUCAUAUCAACUGCAUAGAACAGCUCCCACUUUUUAGUUUGAACUCAUUACUCUAAUAUAUUCCCUGUGCCAGUAGUUGUAAUGAGAGAGAGAGAGCGAGAGACUGAUGCUGUAACUGUAAAAACUGAAUUAGUUAUACCCUAAUUUGUUGAGGGGAGAAAAGUUUAAACACUAUUAUAACAACUAAUAUAGGCUACAAACUGAAUUUAUAUUGUUUAUGAAAGUAAUAUUUUGCACAAAAAUGUACAGUAGUCCUCAUCAAAGUGGUGCUGAAGCCUCGGACUGUAGCGAUACACUUUCACUCAACUAAACCCAGCAACUUCAAACUGUGUCUUUCAAUUUCAGACUUUCUUUAUUACUGUGAUUACUCUGCAUGGCCAGAAGAUGCAAAGGACUU